GCGGUAAGGUAAACAAGGUACCUACACUUACAACAACUGUGUUUGAAAACAGCGUUGCCACUCCGACCAGCAUCCUGCGUUAGUCGCGAUCCACCGGCUGAGGCAGCGGGGCUGGGUGAUGGUCCACGCGCCACCUCCAAACCACAAAAUGCCCCGAACACUGCUCUCAAUUUGCAUUUUAGUGGCAACACUAUGCAUCAUCGACUGCCAAGCAAUGAUCAUGAGGAACAAUGCGCUGAUGAGCAAGAUGGUCUCCCACUUCCAAGACAACCACGUCGGGGAACCUCCCCCCAAACAUAAAGAAGACAAACCACGACCAGAAAAGGUCAUGACCAUUAUGCAGAGCGUUUUGUGCAAGAAUUUUCCUUCAAUUCCUUGUCAGGUCAUCAUUGAAGACGAAACGCUAAGGAUCCUAAUAGAGAAAUCAAUCCAGCAGAUCCAAUAUAAAAGAUUGCAGCUAGAAAAGACCACAGCAAGGCCGGGGUACACGCUAACGUUAUUCCCGAUCGUAAACAGCGAAGACUUAUCAAACUUCCUACAAGUCCGCGAGUCACAAUACUACGGGAAGGACAAAAAGAAGGAGGUGAGGAAACGAAAGCCCAAAAAGAGCUUCGCGACGGGACACUGGUCGAAGGAAGAGACGAGCAAGCAUUCGAAGAAGCAGAAAAACGAUGCCAAGAAAAAGAACGUCUACUCGGGAAGGAAAAUGAGGAAGUUUUACCCUCACAAGGUGAAAUACAAGGAUAAAGUUGAUACGCAUCCAGUUAUGGAAUCAGAUGAGAAGAUGUCACUAUCAGUCGAAGUCCCCGACACAGCUGCGGUUAAAAAAAGACAUCGUCUGGAAUACAAAGCGGAGCCGGAAGACGCCGUGUGGAGAAUAGACUACAUGAAGCACGGAGAGCCGAGUCUGAAUAAACUGCCUUAUGGUUCUGACAAUUUGAACGCGAAAUUUUCAAAAACUGGCCCCAACGUGAUUGUGGACGGAAAACCAGCAGCAGGUUUAUUCGUAGAUCUGUUCAAAAAGAAGGACAAUUCUUGGACUCAGUGGCACAGUGCGGUGACAAAUGCCGAUGGAAGAAUCAGUUUUCCGUUCACGAGCGAAUCUAUGGCGGAAGGAACGUAUAAAUUGCAUUUCAAAGUUGGGGAUUAUUACAAGAAUGCUGGAAAGGAAACGCUGUACCCCUACGUAGAAAUUGUUUUUGAAACCAAAGAAGGCAACCACUACCACAUCCCCCUACUCCUCACACCUUACGGAUACUCUACAUACAGAGGCAGUUGAUGAAUCAUAAAUAAAACUCUGUUCUUAUUUU